AGGAGAGCACGCACCGAAUUACAAAACAAUAAUUCCCCACAUGCAGGAGGUAAUGAGGUGGUGAUGGAGCAGAAAGUGCAAAGAAGUGAUUUUAGAAGCAGUAAAAGCAGUUCGGACACUUAUUAUUACUAAGCUCUUCAGCAGUAGUGCCACCGACGGGCAACGGACAAUUCAACGGUUUACACAAGCAGCAAAGACAAAUUCGAAGCACCUUCGACUGAUCAAGGCCGUCGUUCGGUUGGCAGAGAUUGUUCGUGUGAUUACGACAGAGAGUCUCCGUCUAUCAUCGACCCUGAUUGUGGGUACUGUUGCCGACGUGAAAACUGUGCCUGUGCAGAAAGGUGGAGUCGAAGAAAAAUCAUCUUUGUUUACGCUUCAAAUCUACGCCUCGUAUUUCCAUACAUGGCUUAAUUGCUGGGUGCCACAAAACGACGGACAGUGGCGAUACCAAAAUUUAUUAUUCGAUUCUCUUAUCAGUGAAGAGUGUAGUGCGUUGCUGAAAAAAGCUGUUUUUUAUCAUGGAAUUCUAAAAAAAACACGAACAGUGACCUAGUGGCUAUCUGCGAACGCAGAAAAAAAAGUUGUUUGCGUUGCAAAUAGGCGAAAAGCAAGGUGGUAAUUAUGCGCUGGAUUGUCAACCUUGAGGGUGGACCAAGGCGAGUAAAUCACGCUUCGGUCGCCGUGGGAGAUUACAUUUACUCGUUUGGAGGCUACUGCACGGGGGAAGAUUAUCGCUCGACCAGUGCCAUCGAUGUCCACAUACUGAACACGAACAAUCUGCGCUGGACGCUGGCACCGUCGAUGAAGGAUGAGUACGGGGUACCGUGCAAACAUCCGGAGGUACCUUUUCAACGGUACGGCCACACGGCCGUUGCCUACGAGAGCAAAGUCUACAUCUGGGGUGGACGAAAUGACGAAAUCGUAUGUGAUAUUCUAUUCUGUUACGACACAAAAACGCUCAAGUGGAGCAGACCUGCCGUUACCGGGACUGUCCCGGGGGCAAGAGACGGCCAUUCGGCUUGCAUGUACGGCCAGCGAAUGUAUAUUUUCGGUGGUUUCGAGGAAAACAUCGACAAAUUUUCCUGUGAUGUGCAUUAUUUGGACAUGGAAACUAUGCACUGGACGUAUGUCGAUACACGCGGUGAUCCUCCUUCGUAUCGGGAUUUUCACUCGGCCACGAUCGUAAACCACAAAAUGUUCGUGUUUGGCGGUCGAGGCGAUGCUUGGGGUCCGUAUCACUCGCAGGAGGAGAUCUACUGCCCAAAGAUAGUCUGCCUGGAUCUCAAAAGCAGCCGCUGGGAGAUGCCAAAUACUACGGGCGAGGAGCCGCUGGGAAGACGGAGUCAUUCUGCAUUUGUAUACAACAACAAAAUCUACAUUUUCGGAGGAUACAACGGAAAUUUAGAUAUACACUUUAACGAUCUCUAUUGCUUCGAACCGGAUCGUUACGUGUGGCGGCUGGUUCGACCACAAGGACAAUCCCCAAGGGCAAGGCGAAGACAGUCGUGCUUGGUGAUCGGUCAGCGGAUGUAUCUCUUCGGUGGAACAUGCCCAUCGCAUCUGUCCGAUCCAGCCUCGUACGAUUAUAGCGAUACUCACGUGCUAGAUUUCAAUCCGACGUUACGUACACUCGCAAUGCUUAAGGUGCUGGAGUACAAACUGGACACCUCCUGCCUGCCAAGGAUAAUCAAAAUUGAAAUGCGUAACAUGACGACACCAAACAAAAUCAGUCGAUCGCUGGUAAGCGGCUAGGACCGUGAAGAGACGACUCUGAUCCGCAGCUGUCAGGGUGUGAUGUUUCGAGUACUGAGCAUUCUGCUGGGUAUUAGCAGGGAAUUAUGGUAAACACAAUCAGUCAUCACUUUCAAUCAUCAGGACGAGAUCAGGACAAGUGGAAGCCCAUGGUGUAAAAUACAACAAUAGAGGCGCUUGAUUCCUUAGUAUAAUAAGCGGCUACUAGCUACUAGCAAUGUGUGUUUGUGUAGAUGUAGAUUAACUUCAGUUUUCGUUCUUAAGCUGUACAUAAGAUUUAUGUAUUUUCAAAUGAAAUAACGAUGCAAGUGGA